ACCUCCUCCCCGGAUUGUCUAUGAACCGGGACACCUAUAUCGGAUCCACCUUGGCCCUAAACCGAUUAUAAAGGCAUGUUCGUCUCGUGCUCAUAGGGAGGCCAUGUAUUUCACCUUUGAACAGUGAACACGAAUGCUCUGUUCUCGCACCUUACCCCGCUACCUACCCGUAGGUCGCGUCGCGCGCGCCUAUUCUCUCGACCAGGAAUCCGCCCUGUUCGACCAGCGGGUAUCCGAGAUGGAGGAGUUCUUCGCCCAGCCCCGGUUUGCUGAUAUCAAGCGGCCGUAUACGGCUGCGUCUGUUGCGUCGAAGCAGGGGUCGUUGCCUGUGGUGCCCCUCCCGUCGUCGUUGUUGGCUGACAAGCUCUUUGCUGUUUUGAAGCGGGCUGCGGAUGCCAAGAAACCGGUGCAUACUAUGGGGGCUAUCGACCCUGUGCAGAUGACCCAGAUGGCGAGGUAUCAGGAGAUUGUGUAUGGGAAUAAUGAAGUGGGACCGGACCUUGGCGACUAUCCGUAUACUACGGUUCCGAAUCAAGUUCAUCGUAUUUUCCGUGCUCAACAGUUACAUGAUAAAAAGCAUUAUGACGAGCGUAUGACAGCUACGCCCGAAGCGAGGGCAAAGAUGGAAUACAUCGAUUACCUCCGUCCCAUUGUCGCAGACGCUGAUACCGGACAUGGUGGUCUAUCUGCAGUCAUGAAGCUCACUAAACUCUUUACUGAAUCCGGUGCAUCGGGUAUUCAUCUAGAAGACCAACUGCACGGUGGAAAAGUGCUCGUACCGACGUCAACUCACGUCUCGCGCCUUAUUUCAGCCCGGUUCCAGUUGGACCUUAUGAAGUCUACGAUGUUGCUUAUUGCUCGUACUGACUCUGAAUCUGGGAAACUGUUAUCCUCAAACAUUGAUGUUGCCGACCAUGAGUAUCUUUUGGGUACUACUACUGAGGAUAGCAAGUCUAUGGCACAGGUUCUCGCUGAGGCUGAGGCUUCCGGUGCAUCUGGGGCUGAGAUCGACGGUCUUGAGCAGCAGUGGACGAAGGACCAUGUGAUGUGUACUUUCAACGAAGCGGUCGAGAAGGCCAUCAACGAAUCAGCUAUCGAGGACAAGGCAUCUGCGUACCAGUCGUACCUCAUUGCGGUGGAAGGCAAGUCGACCAAUGAGGCACGCGAUAUUGCCAAGGAUAUUCUAGGCAAGGCCGUCUUCUGGGAUGCUGAUCUGCCACGAACAAGAGAAGGGUACUACCACUUCACGGGCGGUGUCGAGGCGGCUAUAAAGCGAUCGAUGACCUUUGCUCCGUAUGCGGACCUGAUCUGGCUGGAGACAAAGACGCCCGAUCUCGAACAGGCACGGUAUUUCUCUCGGAAGAUUCGUGAAAAAUAUCCUGGAAAGUGGUUCGUCUACAACUUGAGCCCAAGCUUUAACUGGUCUGCCCAUGGUUUCACUGGUUCAUUUGUCCUUCAGUUGAUCUCCUUGGCUGGUCUUCACAGUGGUGCUGUAACAACAGCUGAGCUCGCGGCCCGUUACAAGGAUGAUGGUAUGUUGGCGUACGUGGAACUCAUCCAGCGCAAAGAAAAGGAAAUUGGUUGCGACGUCCUCACACACCAGAAGUGGAGUGGCGCCAAUUACAUAGAUCGCAUUCUCCAGACCGUCUCAUCCGGAUCUUCCAGUACCUCGUCGACAGGGAAAGACUCAACUGAGCACUCUUUCUAAUUGAGUAGUACCUUUCUUGCUCCCGAAACUGACUUGGAUAUGACUACGAAUGAUUUGUCGCGUCUUGUACUAGUAUUGAGUAGAAACCAAUGAAUACAUCGCGCUUCCGCAUGCGGAUUUGUUUUGACUCUGGA